CCGAAUAAAAGAUACACCUCCCCCUUCCACCCCAAAUUACACCAACAGAAAGAAAGAAAGAAAGAAAGAAAAAGAGAAAAUGUCCCUACAAACCCCCCGCGUCCUCCCCGCCCACCUCCACGCCUUCCACACCUCCUCCUCCACAAAACACCACACCGUCCGCAUCCUGGGCACCGUCUCCGCCCUCCGCGGCGACACCGCCACCAUCACCUGCGGCGCUGAUGAGGUCACGCUUAUCCUGAAGCCCGAUUCGCAUUUGCAGAUGGGCAAGUUGGUCGAGAUUAUUGGGAAGGUUACCGAUUUGAAUGAGGGGGGAAUCGGAAUCCGCGUCCUCGGAAGCACGGACUGGGGGAACCCGGCUGAUUGCGAUUACAAGAUCUACGAGCAGGUUGUCAAUGCGACGCAUAAACUGAAGCCGAUUUUCUAUGAUGAGUGAGAGCGAUAUCAUUCGAGAGUGAUAGAGUUAGCUGGUGAGAAAGAGGUGCUGCAACGAAGGUUGGCGUGAUAUACCCUGUGAUGAUUUGGGAGAGAAUUGUUGAUGUCUGUGGUGGUGGUGUCGUUUCUGCUGUUAUAAUGCCUUGACUGUUGAAUUACUUACGUCUAUCUUUGUGGGCGCAUCUCGAAUCGGGAAAAUGGCUGGGUGUAGAGGUGUAGAGUUCAGCGUCUAAGUCAUCUAUCC